AGCCUUUUUCUUUAGACAAAAAAAAAAAAAGAAGAGAAAAGCAUUAAAGAAGGUUGGUCCUAACUCAUAACGCCAACUACCCAAAAUAAGCAGCCACCGACCCAUUCGGAACUUCGAAUCAAUUCGAUGUCGCAUACGGCCACAACCGUCGUCGAGUUCGGAUCCUUCUAACACUUCGCAUUUCGAUCAGAGUAGUUUCAUUGGGUCGUAGUUAUGAGUACUGGAGAUCUUCUCAAUGUCCACCCUUCGGAGCUCAGAUUCCCUUUUGAAUUGAAGAAGCAGAGCUCAUGUUCUAUGCAGUUGAUCAACAAGACAGAUAAGCAUGUGGCUUUCAAGGUUAAAACAACCAAUCCUAAGAAAUACUGUGUUCGACCCAAUGCUGGAAUCGUUUUGCCUGGUGAUUCAUGCAAUGUAACUGUGACAAUGCAAGCCCAAAAAGAGGCUCCUCUAGAUAUGCAGUGUAAGGACAAAUUUCUCCUUCAAAGUGUUUAUGCACCAGAAGCUGCAACAGCGAAGGACAUAACUUCGGAACUGUUUAACAAGGAGAAUGGGAAAGUUGUGGAGGAGUUCAAGUUGCGCGUGGUUUACAUUCCUGCAAAUCCUCCGUCUCCUGUUCCUGAAGAAUCAGAUGAAGAGUCUCCUCCCAGUGCUCUUGCAACACAAAAUGGGAGGCAAAGAUCAUCAUCGUUUGAUGCCGUAUCGAAAUCUCUUGAGUUGCCCAAACAGAAAUCAUCAGAGGCAUGGUUGAUGAUCUCUAGGUUGACUGAGGAGAAAGCUUCUGCUUUGCAAGAGAAUCAGCGGCUCCAUCAAGAACUGGAACUGGCUAGGAAAGGCUUGAACAAGGGUGUAGUGGGUGGAUUUUCUUUGUUAUUUGCUGGCCUUGUUGGUCUAUUGGGUGUGUUAAUUGGCUACCUCAUCAAGAGAUCAUAGAGAGGAGAUGGAUACUAUUCAUUUACUUCGGUGUUGGCUUCAACAACUGCAGCGUUCCAUUUUUAUUUUAAUUUUAGAAACUCUUCAUUUGAACAAUCUAAUCAUUUCAUUUGUAUAUUAUUUAACAAUCUCAGCGGUGCCUCCAUGUAUUUGAGAAUAUGAUAUCUUAUUAGUUUAGUAUCAGAUUUAGCUUAUAAUUUGACAACUGUUACUCCCUUUUUUCAAACUUGUAAUUGCACUUUGCUAUGUUAUUCUACCUUCUUGAGC